AUGUUCCACUCCUACCACGCCGCCUUUCUCGUCGAGGCACCUAAGACCAAGGUGGCCAAGGCGCUGGCUCGGAUCGCAGAGGAUACGCCUGGAGCUGUCUAUCGCGGCAUUGCCAAGCCCAAGCCUGAGCACGUUGUCAGCGUCUCGUUCUACACCCGAUGCUGCAAGUGGCUUGAUGAGGCGAGCUUCACUGUUGUGCCGGUCGAGCAUGACCGGGGCUCCUCGUACAUCAUGGCCUACGCCGAGUCGACCAACUUUUGCUGCUCGUGGUGUCCCUCGUGCAUCCGAUCAUGCUUUGCCUGCUGCGACUUUGAUGACUGGGGCAAGAACGAGGCCCACAUCCGCGCCAUCGUCGAUGGUCUCAAGUACGCCACUACAGAGCUCCACGCCGAGCGCGGCGGCGACGCUGACGAUCUCCGUGCCCUCUUCGAUCGCUCCUCCAAGGCUGCCUAUACAUAUCGCGGCAUCAGUGACAACACCACCACUGCUACCGCCACUACCUCGGCUUCGGCCACGGCAUCAGCCGCUUCAAACUCCUCGUUGUCAUCGUCCUCCUGAUCGUCCUGCACUAUCCACAGGAUCCAGUAGAGCACGUCAUAGCGCAUAACCGUGGAUUAAUGGCCCCAUAAUUGCAUCACAGCCUUCUCC